CUUAAUUUAAAGGAAUAUUCACAAUUUAUGUGUUUUCAGACUGGACUCAUGUACUGGCCUUUCAUGCAGUUUCUGAACUUCGCCCUGAUGCCGCUGCACAUGCGGACAGCCUUCAUGGGCUGCUGCGCCUUCCUCUGGGCCUCCUUUCUAUGUUUCUCACGGCAGAACGGGGACGGCACCGCCACCGUGGCCCUGGCAUUCAUCAUGGACCCCCGGAAAACGCUGGAGGAGAUGCGGGAGGCUCGAUUAGCCCGCAAGAGGCACAGAAUCCAGAGAGAGAACUGAUGGAGAUGCUGCCAUGAUAGCCUUUGAUUUUCAGCUGAGGAAAACAACCUGCAUGCUUCUGCUCCAGCAGCAUCCAGCAGCUGAAAGGCAACAGACCCACUAAGGACCUACUCUGUCUCAUGCACAGAACGCAUAAGGACAUAAAACAUGCAGCAACGUCUGAUAAAAGACUGUAAAGUUGCUUCAGCUUAAUCAAACUGAUAAAUCGUUACAUACCCAUAUAUGGACUGACACAGCCGCUGAAAGUUUAGGGUUUGAAACCAUUUAUGCAGUAAAAUUGAUGCC